AGGGUCAGGUCAAGGUCACUCAAGAUCCCCCCAUAAGCCUUAACGUAUAAGUAAGUGCGAGAAGUUUAUCUUAGUGCAGACACCCUUCGCACGAUUUUCCCAACACGCAUCAAUUCCAUCCAACAUGGGUAUGAGUAAACUGCACGAUGACUGAUGAAACAGAGACACUGACGUAUAUUAUAAUAUAAGUAUGGUGCGUAAACAAAGAUAGCGCAUCCCUUACCCUUUUCGUGAAUACUUGCUGCUCGACUUAUCUUUUUCGUGCAUGGUUGAUGAGUCACCAACAAUUUACUAUUAAAUCGUCGGAAGUUAGCAGCUUAGGCUGGAUAUCGGAUUGAACAAAUGGCACUAGAUCACUAAAUAAUCGAUUGUUCACGUAUCCUCAUUCAUAGAGCUGGUUAGACCAACGUUCUUGAUAUUUGAAUGAAAAUCUAAGUAGAGGUAGUUCUUGUUCUUCAUACACAUACUCUUUCAGUCCUUCCAUAAUCCUUUUGAAUCAUGGUAUUCAUCCCGCGUGGUGGUGCUUCUCGCUCGGACGAAGGGGUGCUCGGCGAGGCCGUCAAGCUUGUGCGAUGGGCACAGUUGGGCACUGCCGCGGCUGAUUAUGGCGCGGCAGUGGUCUUGUUGCAUGAAACAGAAGUACAGUCGUCCGAAGCAGGACAUUCAACCCAGCAGGGAGUCGAAGCGUUGUUCGCAAACGUGGUGUCACGGACAGCGCUUCCCGAUGUGGACGCUGUUGGCUUUUUCCACUACGCGGUAAAGAGCGAGGCAGAAUGCCAGGAGAUUUCAAAACUCCUGAAACAGGAGGUUACGCAGCUGCCGACGCUGCUUUUCUUUCAGCGUGACACAGGAGGAACUUUGCGAGAGCGCGAACGCGUCCUUGGGUUUUCCGCACCACAGCUGGUGGCGCGGACGGAAGCGCUCUUGCGCGAAACCAAAUCGUCGACGACACAACGACGAGAAGGGGCUUCAUCAACUCCAUCACUGCUUCUAAGUGGAUCAUCGCAAAGGCAAAGCGCGUCUUUUUUCACGCAGAUGCUUGACGGUAACGGGCCCUUGGCGUGGUGGCAGCCAGCACUUGUUACAAGGCGAUUCCGCGAUGUCGAAGAUCAGGUACAACAGGCUGCUCCUGGCAAAGAACAAUCCUCAGCGCAAUCUUCGCAGAAAUCUGUUAACAAUUCUUCUUCUAGAAGUCGGACUAAGUCGGCACCACAACCACAAGCCUCUUCGACGAAGGUGGAUCAAGAAAAAUCGACUUCCUGUUCCUUGGAGCAGGCUGGCGGCUCGGCUCCGUCGGAGACCAGCAAAACGGGGGAUAUAGGACUCGACAAGCGGUGCUACGAGGCGACGAGAGCGCACCGCGUCAUGCUUUUCAUGAAGGGAGACAAGAACCGACCCUUCUGCGGAUUUUCAAAGAAAGCGGUGGCUUUGUUAAACGAUCUGAUAGGAUCCGACAGCUAUUGCACCUUCGACAUACUGCAAGACGAGGAAAUUCGCCAGGUACUUCUGCUGGUUGGCGUCAUAUGAGAAGAUCGGGAACUUUUCAAAAAGAGCAAGACUCAUUUUUCAUAUGCUUUGCUUGUUUUCACUGCUCUUCUAGUACAACAACAUAUGAUUGCAGUCAUCUUCUUCACGUUCACAAUUAUUGCCACCUCUAAUAUGCACAAUUGGACUCGUCAGAGGACUCUUCAUCUUCACAUCUUAUGAAAUAACAUACCUCUAGGCCCUGAAGACGUAUAGCAGUUGGCCAACGUACCCUCAGUUGUAUGUGGACGGCGAGUUACAGGGGGGGCUCGACAUAAUGCGUGAGAUGGCUGACGACGGGAGUCUGCAAGAACUGUUGGCCUCGGUGCCUCCUCAAGAAGAGGAAAGGCCUCACUUGAGCGCCGAGGAAGCAGAGAGGGACGAAAUGCGAAGACGACUGGAGCCCCUUAUUAACGCACAUCCAGUCAUGCUCUUCAUGAAAGGAAACCCGGAAGAACCACGAUGUGGAUUCUCUAGGGUACUUAGUAGAUUCAGCUUCUUCUUGCACAUGACUACUUCUACACGACGGUUUUUACGCGCAUCUUGAACAUGCUUUUCCCCCGAACAAUAUAAUAAAGCUUUCGAGAUAUUACUUUUGAGUUGGACAUGAAGAUGGAUCAAACAAAAGACCUAGUUGUAGAAUGAAUAGACCUAAUAUCAAGCGGAAAGAACUAAAAACCUCGACUUCACAGAAAGCAGUGGGUCUGCUAGACGAGAUGGCGGGACGACAGGGCUACGCAACAUUCGACAUUCUGCAGGACGAGUGGGUUCGCCAGAAACUUAAGGAGUGGAGCGAGUGGCCCACCUACCCACAGCUCUACGUGUCUGGCGAACUCAUAGGAGGCAUCGACUUGAUGGUUGAAGCGGUCCACGAUGGCAGUCUUGCAGAAACGCUCGUGGCAGCCGGCGUCUCCUGUGACACUGACAUCUAACUACAGACAUCCCCAAUCAUGUUCGAAUACUUAUGGGAGUAUCGGAAGCUUAAGCUAUUUGUAAGGCAUGAAUCUCGAGAACGAAACAACUGAUGGUUUUUUCAGCUCCUGCUUGAAUCCGUCACUCUGCCCUUUCUCCUGUUGCACAAAAACGCCAGAAACGUCGACGUUGUCCUAUCGAACUCUCAGCACCCAAUCUUCCUCAUUAUCUUGCACUUUCCGCAGAAUCAGAGAAGACUGUUUUCUCCUCCUUCUCGCUGGAGCUUAAAU